UCCAUUAUUGACUCCUUAAAGUUAUCCUUUCUCAUUUCCACCAAACAAAAAACUCUCUUACUUUAUUUCUCUCCUUAACCAAUCAUGACGAAUCAUAUCCUCCCAUUCCACUUCCUCCCCUUUUUCUCUCUCCUCCUUUCCACCGCCACUUCCUCCUUCAUCGGCGUCAACUUUGGCCGAGUCGCCGAUAACCUCCCGCCUCCUUCCGCUGUCGCCCAUUUCCUCACUUCUCAAACUACCCUCACCUCUGUCAAGCUCUUCGACUGCGAUCCUCAAAUCCUUCAAGCUUUCGCCAACACCGGUAUCUCUCUCACUGUUAACAUCCCCAACGCCAACGUCAUCCCCCUCACCGACUCCGCCGCCGCUCAAUCAUGGGUCGCCACCAACAUCCUUCCUUACCAUCCUCAAACAAUUAUCCGUUACAUAGCUGUUGGCAACGAGGUUCAUUUCUCCGGCGACAAAACGUUAAUUGCAAACACCGUUAAAUCAAUGAAGUCUAUUCAUCAAGCACUUUUAUCCGCUAAUAUAACCGAUAUCAAAGUCACCACCCCACAUUCUCUUGCUAUCUUACCUCCAUUAAUGUCCCCUAGUUCUGGACACUUCCAGAAGGGCUAUGAUCAUGUGUUCUUCGGCCCACUGUUGGAAUUCCACCGCCGGACGAAAUCACCCUUCAUGGUUAAUCCUUACCCUUACUUCGGGUUCAAUGCUUCCAUGAUUGAAUUCGCUAUCUUCAAGAAAAACGACGGCGUUUUGGACAAGGCAACUGGAUUGAAGUAUUACAACAUGUUUGAUUACUUGAUGGACGGUGUUUACUCUGCGAUGAAGCGGUUGGGUUAUGAUGACGUGGAUAUUGCUGUUGGUGAAACCGGUUGGCCUUCGGCCGGUGAUCCCACUGAACCGGCGGCUACUUUGGAUAACGCGAUUUCGUAUAAUGGGAAUUUGGUUAAGCAUUUGAAUUCCGGCAAAGGGACGCCGUUGAUGCCGAACCGGACUUUUGAUACUUAUAUUUUCGCUUUGUUUAAUGAAAAUCUUAAGCCGAGUACCAGUGAGAAGAAUUACGGUUUGUUUAGACCGGAUUUUAGCGCGGUUUACGACGUCGGUGUGUUGAAGUCACCUUCUCAGGGAAAGGGACCCGCAAAAGCACCAGUAGCUCCAUCACCGUCAGAUUCAGAUCAGAAAUGGUGCGUAGCAAAAGCAGAAGCUACAGAUGAUAAAUUACAAGGGAAUUUAGAUUAUGUGUGUAGUUUAGGGAUAGACUGCAAGCCCAUACAGGAUGGUGGGCCAUGUUUUGAUCCAAACACCGUUAGAUCUCAUGCAUCAUACGCGAUGAACGCUUACUACCACAUCAACGGUCAGCAAGAUUAUGAUUGCUACUUUGAUGGUACCGGUGUUGUCACCGACAGUAACCCUAGUUAUGAAGCAUGUGAGUACGUGGCAUAACGGCAUUGAUCAAAGCUCCUGAAGUGAUAAAUAUUUCAAAAAAGUGAUAAAUAUUUAAUUAUUAUUUAAAUUAAACCCCGUCAACAAUAAAAAAAAGCUUAAACUUUAGGUUUGUAAUGUAAUGUACGAAUUAAUAUAAUUAUUCUGAUAUGGCAGAAGUGUAAGAUCAGUUAGAUGAAUGAUACUUUCGAUUUGCUGA